AUGCAGCUUCAGGAGUGGCCUUGUCAAGGCCCAUUCAUGGAGACGGGUGCGGCUGAGCCAUGGCCAGGAGGACCAGACGCCGAUAUCGAUCGUAUUGAGGAGCCACUACUGUUCAGUCGGCCAUGUAUCAUAUCAGAUGAAACGCGGCAUAGAAGACAUGUCACUGCCUCCGAUCAGCAGGCAGACUUCCUUGCGACCUCAGUAAGAGAGUUCGCAAACACUUUCGCCUUCCUGAUUUCGGCCUUGGUGUCGCCCUACGUUUUCUGGACUGAGCAGAUGCGAAAGGUUGUGCUUCGGCAUACCGGGUUUCGACUUGUCCAUGCUGAAGUCAAUCUCAACCACCACACGCACGACACAAUAAUCGAUACAGUCGCAGCAUGGCAGAUACUCGGCAGCGAGUCCUUCCCAAUGCCCCGCCGCCCCUUAGUUCUAGCCACCGACGCAGGCACAACGCCCAAGCACACUGCCAGGCACCCAAAUUCCCUUUUCGGUCUCCAUCGCGCGCGCAACAUCUUCACUGGUAAUAAUGGCAAGGCUUCUUCAAUCCCCUUUCGAGAUGUCUUUGCGCUGCCCACACAUCUCACAUACAGCAACAUUCCUGCAAACAGGCCUACCCCAAGCAUAGUCAGCCUCGACAGCCGUGGCGAUCUUGCCAUUGCUGAAAUUGUAUUCUAUGCCCCAGCAUUGCUGAUUUCGGUGUGGAUUGAUCGUGGCGCUGAUUCUGGGGAUUGUGGGUGGUGGAGUCGGACUCGGACAACCUGCUUCGAUUCUGUACCUGCAGGUCUCACCGCUACACGAAUGGGCCCAUGUCCCGCAUACCGAGACGAAGAUGCUGUAUGCCAGCGUCUUCGUCUUGCCCUUCCUUCUGGCCAGGGUCAUCUACACAGCUCCAUCUUCUACUUUAAGACGCCCAAUGUCUUUGUUGAAGCAUUCAUGCUGUUUCUGAUGGAGGCAAUCGUGGUGUCGAUCUACAUGAUCGCCGGCCUGACGACUCCGAAGCAAGUCGUUGCACAAGCCCAACAAGGCAUGUCGGAUGUCGAAAUGAAGGCGGCUUCCGGCGGCCUGCCAGAAGGAAAUGGGUACGGCGCGCGCAUGCCUCCCGCACGACAGCCAGCUUAUCAAGACUCGCGACGGCCUCAGAGAAGACCAGUGAGUGCGAGCAUCAGGAGCAAAAAAGAAGUGCUCUUAACAGCGAAUUGUAGAUUUCAUGCAUUGAAAAGAAUUGACCCUGCUGCAGUAACUAUCCUCACAUGCUCGUCAUUUCCAUUCACUUCGUACCUCAAUAAAAGUGAGUUUCGCACUUCGUUAUCUGUUCACAUGAACCCCUUGCAUCAUCGGGAACAAUCUCUCAAACAGUUCAAGAAAAUCUCAUCCGACGCCGCGACACUCUUCAACCACAUCACAUACACCCAAGAUGGCAACCGAUUCGGAACUCUGGGCUAG